UCGCCGCGCCGACCCAGCCCUUCAGUGGACUGUGCCAUUUGAUCCAUGCAGAAGAUGAUUCACGCUCUGCGAUCUGGGGAGUAAGAGCGGCAGAGGAAUCCCUCUCACCCCCCUCCCUCCUCUGCACAUCCAUAAUUCAGCAUUUGCGCCUUCCUCCUCCUCUUCCCUUUUUCUUUUUUUUUAUUCCACCCCCUCUGCUCUCCUUCCUCUCACUGCUUUGGCUGCUGCUACUUCAGCACCACCAGCGUCCACGACCUGAAGCUCUCUCGCACAUCUGGAAGUGAAGCAGCACAGGUAAGGAAAUCCACAAUGGCUUCCGGGAUUAACCUCGGCUCUUGGUAGAACCACGCUGAAGUUCACGUUUUUCGCUUCUCACAGCCUGGGAAAUUCCAUAAUGUAAAUGCAUCUUAUUUCAAGGCAAACCUUUGGGGCCAUGAAUCUCACAGGAUCUCCCAGGACCAUUAUUUACACCAUUUGGAUCUAGAAUUCCUGUUUUUUCUUGGAGGGGGAUCGACUGUGUGGAUCUGCAGCGGUGGAUAUUGGUGGCGGCGGCCUCGGCGGCGGCGGUGGGAGGACCUUUCCACCUUGGAUAACUUUACAAAAGCGCGUGCCACCAUGAGGAUAUCCACCACCUCUUGUCUUUGUCCCUUUCUGGUCUGCCUCUGCUUCAUCCAGAGGUCCUAUGGCGCGAGCCACCACAUCCCCACCAAAGUGCCCUCCAAGAACCAGACAAAACUGGCCAACGGGGAGACGGAGGUGCACCACCGGCCCAAGAGAGGCUGGAUCUGGAACCAAUUCUUUGUUUUAGAAGAACACAUGGGACCAGAUGCACAGUAUGUGGGAAAGCUUCACUCAAACUCAGACAAAGGCGAUGGAUCUGUCAGGUACAUUCUGAGCGGAGAAGGAGCCGGGACUAUAUUUAUCAUCAAUGAAGAGACGGGAGAUAUUCACGCCACUAAGAGCCUGGACCGGGAAAGGAAAACACAUUACGUCCUGCAUGCACAAGCCCUGGACCGAAACACAGAGGAGGCCCUGGAACCAAAGUCGGAAUUCAUCAUCAAAGUACAAGACAUCAAUGACAAUGCCCCCAAAUUUCCAGAUGGACCCUUUGUAGCCACGGUGCCGGAGAUGUCUGAAGUGGGUACAUCCGUGUUGCAAGUCACGGCGACGGACGCCGACGACCCCACCUACGGAAACAGCGCCAGGAUAGUCUACAGUAUCCUUCAAGGACAGCCAUAUUUCUCCGUCGACCCCAAGACAGGAAUCAUCAGGACUGCCUUAGCCAACAUGGACCGGGAAGCCAGAGAACACUACACAGUUGUUAUCCAAGCCAAAGACAUGGCAGGCCAGGUUGGAGGCCUCUCUGGUUCCACCACCAUCAACAUCACACUGACAGACGUCAACGACAACCCGCCCACGUUUCCCCAGAAAAAUUACCAGCUGUACGUCCCUGAAUCAGCUCAAGUGGGGAAGCCAGUCGGGAAGAUCAAAGCCAACGAUGAGGACCUUGGCGUCAAUGCAGACAUCAAGUACAGCAUCAUUAACUCGGAGGGGGCCAACACGUUUUCCAUAUCCACGGACAGAGACACGAGGGAGGGAAUCAUCAGCCUCAAAAAGCCUCUGAAUUACGAGAGGAAGAAGACCUACACGCUCCACAUCGAGGGCACCAACACGCACGUGGAUCCUCGUUUUUCCUACCUUGGUUCUUUCAAAGACACUACCACCCUUAAAAUCACAGUCGGGGACGUGGAUGAAGCCCCCAUCUUUUCUAUGGAUUAUUAUAUCUUGGAUGUUUAUGAGAACGCGCCGAGUGGCACGGAGGUGGGCGCAGUAACGGCUCGAGAUCCAGACAGCAGGAACAGUCCCGUCAGGUACUUCUUGGACAGUAAAGAGGAAGGAGUAAGGUACUUCAGAAUCGAUGAAGGCAGCGGACUUGUACGUACGACGCAGCCUCUGGACAGGGAAGCCAUGCCUUGGCACAACAUCACUGUAAUGGCCUCGGAGGUUGACAGCCCCAGUCUUUUCAGCCACGUCCCCGUCACCGUCCAGGUCCUGGAUGUGAACGACAACCCGCCGGAAAUAGCCACCGACGAGGAAGUCAUCGUGUGUGAGAGUUCAAGACAAGAUCAUGUCAUCCAGACCAUCACAGCAGUGGAUAAGGACGACUUCGCUAACGGACAGCGGUUUUCUUUCGCUCUGCCUCCACCGGUGAAUCCCAACUUCACCCUGAAGGACAAUGAAGACAGCACGGCCAGCAUCAUUGCAAGGCGGCGCCGCUUCAACCACCUGACGCAGGAGCUGUACGAGCUGCCCAUCGUGGUUUGGGACGGCGGGGAGCCUUCGCUGAGCGGCACCAGCACCUUGACUCUGCGGGUGUGCCCGUGCCAGCGCCACAGCAAGGUCCGGAUGUGCCAAGGCGAGGCGUUCCUCUCCUCGGCGGGUCUCAGCACGGGGGCUCUGAUUGCCAUCCUGCUGUGCAUCGUCAUCCUGCUGGCAAUCGUGGUCCUCUUCAUCACCCUGAGACGGAGCAAGAAGGAGCCCCUUAUCAUCUCCGAAGAGGACAUCCGAGAGAACGUGGUCACCUACGACGACGAGGGCGGCGGCGAGGAGGACACAGAGGCCUUCGACAUCAUCGCUCUCCGCAAUCCGGCCGCCGCAGAGGAGCUGAAGUUCCGGCGAGACGUUCGACCGGAGACAAGGAAACACGUGGACCCUCCCCGCAGUCGCCGCAGUCCGUCCAUGGAGCUGGACGAGGUGGACGUGCACGAAUUCAUCAAGCAGAGACUGGUGGAGGCCGACAUGGACACCAGUGUGCCGCCCUACGACUCCCUGCAGACCUACGCCUACGAGGGUCAGGGCUCACCCACAGGAUCCAUCAGCCCGUUAGACUCUCCUGGCACACAGUCAGAGCAGGAUUAUAACUACCUGGACGACUGGGGGCCCGAGUUCCAGAAACUAGCAGAACUCUAUGGAGAGGCAGAGUCGGAUGUGACGACCUAGUCUGUGAUUACACUCCCGAACUACUUUGAACCAAAUCUGUUUGAAGCCCGUUUUUUCAAAAAAAUUUUCAGUGAACGAUGUGAACAAACAGCUUUCCAAACUGUUUCAGUGGUUUUCAACUUCUACUGUUGACCGUUUAAAAAAACAACAACACAGGACUGCUUUUUUUUUUCAUUUUGUCGCUUUGGAUCAUGGGUCGUUCAUCUGGAAGUAUUAAAUCAGAUUUUAACGAUGGAAGAACAUAAAUAUGGGGAAAAAGGAAAAUUAAUAUUUUCCUUGGUGUAUAUUUUUUAAUGCUCAAUAAAGUCUUGAAAUCCAUAUGAGUGGAUAUGUGAAAAA